AUGCAUAGCUCCGGCAAUUCAGCCACUGAACCUUACAUUGUGAGCCAUAACCUUCUCCUAGCCCAUGCCAUUGUUGUUGAGCUUUACAGAAAGAAGUUUCAAGAGAAACAAGGUGGACAAAGUGGAAUUAGUCUUGUAGGACAAUAUGUUGAGCCUUACUCAGAAUCCGCUGAGGACAGAGUUUCUGCUACCGCAACGAUCCUUAAGCUAAUUCUCGAGCAACAUCAAAUUAAUUGA